CACGUCAUCAUAAAGCGACACCAUUUAGACGCACGAUACUCUUUGAGGCAUGUGUGUUACUAAAUAAUAUACAGACAGCGGUCUUUGUGUAUCUGAGGAUUAUAUUAGUUCAGCUUCACUUUAGAAUGAGCUGUGCUACGUGAGAAGAGCUUAAGGGUUUUAGAUUGCGCUGUUUUAAAGUAAGACAGAAGUCUGACAGUUUUCUGGCAGGCUGGACUGAGAAGCUAAAGACUGUCUUGACUGUUAGCUGUCUUCUCAGAAAUGUGUCAGGUGGAUGAAGAAUACCACGAUCAGCUGGAGCGGACUGAUGUUCUCAGUGCGUCUCAGAAAUGUGUCAGAUGCAAAGAGGCGUCUGCAGCUGUGGUCAUCAGAGCAGGAGAUGCAUACUGCAGGGGCUGUUUCAAAGAGUAUUUCAUUCACAAGUUCAGAGCCAUGCUGGGCAAAAACAGAAUCAUUUUCCCUGGAGAGAAGGUGCUGCUGGCUGUAUCUGGAGGUCCUUCUUCCUGUUCCAUGCUCAGUCAAGUCCAAGAGGGUUUAAGCCAGAAGGCUCACAAGAAGUUGAGAUUCUUUCCUGGCAUUGUCUACAUUGAUGAGGGUGGUGCUAUAGGUCAGUCUACAGAGGAGAGACAGAGGACGGUGUCUGAGUUGGAGGUGGUGUUCAAAGCUACCGGUUUCCCCUUCCACAUCCUGCCUCUUGAGCAGGUUCUGGAUCUUCCCAGUUCUGUUGUGGUGAUGGCCCUACCACCUUUAGAGCAACCACCCAGUGCCUACAAAGCAGCUGUCGAUCGCUUCAAUCAGACCUGCGGCAGCGACUGCUUGACGCCACCAGAGAAGCAGAAGAAGUCACUACCUGAUGUUCAUGAGUCCCACACUCAGUUACUGCAGCAGCUGAUUGGCUCUGCUAAGACACUGACAGCCAGAGAAGACCUGUUAAACACAUUAAGGCAGCAUCUGCUGGUAUACACAGCUCGUACUGAAGGCUACAGUAAACUGAUGCUGGGAGACAAUUGCACCAGACUGGCUAUAAAGCUGCUUACCAGUAUAUCGCUGGGCAGAGGAGCACAGCUAGCUCAGGACACGGGUUUCUCCGAUUCUAGAUAUGGUGACAUAAUAGCAGUGAGGCCAAUGAGGGACUACUCGGCUAAAGAAAUAGCUCACUACAACCACAUGUUUGACGUGCCCUCUGUUCUCAUUCCAAGCCUGGAGACGAAGACAUCUGAAAAGGCCAGUAUCCGGGGUCUGACAGAGAGUUUUGUCACUAAGCUCCAGACAGACUUCCCCUCUACUGUCAGUACCAUCUACAGGACCAGUGAGAAGCUGCAGACAGUGUGCAGGAGCUCCUCUACAGAUGACCAUAGUGACAGAUGUCUGCUGUGUCUGUGUGUCCUGGAUACUGCUGUUGAGAAGGCCUCAGCCUUUCAGGCCACACUGAUCUCAGAGCAGGUCUCCCAGACUCUAUCUCUUGGACCUGGGAUUCCAAGACAAAACUCAGGUCCAGAAAGGCCAGCAUCAGCAGCUUCAGCUGGACAGUGCCGUUCCUUAUCAGGAGGAGAGGAUUGUGGAAGAGCAACAAGUGGUGGAAGUUGCUGUUCCUCUGCUAAGGAGACAAUUAAUCUGAAGAGCCUGUUGUGUUACAGCUGUCGGCUGACCAUCAGAGACAUGUCAUCAGUGGACCAUCUCCCACUCUACAUUAUGUCUGAGGCUCAGAGGAGGCAAAGGAGGUCUCAGAUGAGAGAUGAGAUCAGUGAGUUCCUGCUGAAUGAUGAAGUUUGAUUGAUCAAACUGAAGUCAAGGGUGAGGCUGAGGUGGAGUCAACAUGGAAGAUCACCAGUAUGUUACAGAGCCAAACAUUUUCAGCCUGAAACAGCCUGUAUUCUAA